CAUUCUCACUUUUUCUUUCGGUCUUUUACAGGACUAGACACACAUUCGUUUUCUUAACGAGGGGAAGCAACCAAAGGACAAACAGCAGAGAGGAAAAAUGCUUUUUUACAUAUUUACCUAUCAAAAUUUUAGGGGCUUUUUUGGAUGUUGAGUUUCCCUCACUUUUGUUCUUUGUGUUAUAAUAUUAGUCUCUUUCUCUCUCUCAAACAUUUUCUAGAGAGAGAGAGAUAGAAAGAGUGAGAGAGAGAGAGAGAGAGAUAGAAAGAAAGAUAGAGGGGAAUCAGACAAACAAAAAGUGUAAUAAUUCUGUGUCAUAAUUUUGAGUUUUAUUUGGUCAAGAACUAUACUAUUUGGAUAUGACAAUUUUAUUUUUCUAAUUUAGUUUUUUUAGACGUGUACCUGGAUAACUUUACAUGACAAGACCUUCCUAUAGGCAUGUUUCUGCUAUCACACAGGUGGAAAUUGUUCAUCUAUAAGAUUGAUACCAUUCACUGAGAAAUUUGAUUUGAUUUUCAAUCUGGUCAGACACAUUUCCAAAGAGAAAAACUACUGGACAGUGUUGGACAUGAACUGAUAUGAGGGGAUCAUCCCCAAGCUCGGAACCAUAGAACUAACUGACACACUGACAGACAACGAGGCAUAACCGUGGAAACGGGCAGACUGCCGCCCAAGGACACUCACUGACCCACGGAGACGGACAGACAGACAGUCUGAUGCCAACUGUCUCCGCUGUCAAUCUCACGGCACAACUCCUCCUGCUGUUGCUAUGGGCAACCCACCCGACCAUGGCAACCAACUGGCUCUCCCUGGCGAGGAUGCCGCGCUCGCGGCCCGUGUCGGGUGCUGCCCCCUGUGGGCGGCUGAGGGGACUGUCCGUGGGGCAGGUGGGGGUGUGCAGGGCGCGGGGAGAGGUCAUGGAGUCUGUGCGCAAGGCAGCCGAGAUGGUCAUAGAGGAGUGCCAGCACCAGUUUCGUAAUCGCCGUUGGAACUGCUCCACCACCCCGCGUGGAGUCAACGUGUUCGGUAGAGUCAUGAGCCAAGGCACGCGUGAGGCGGCCUUUGUGCACGCCCUGUCCUCGGCGGCGGUGGCGGUUGCAGUGACGCGAGGCUGCAGCCGGGGGGAGCUAGAGCGGUGUGGCUGCGACAGGAAGGUCAGAGGGGUCAGUCCCGAGGGAUUCCAGUGGUCUGGGUGCAGUGAUAACCUUUCAUAUGGUGUGGCCUUCUCCCAGACCUUCGUGGAUGAGACAGAGCGUGCCAAGGGGAUGUCGGCAGGGAGACCCCUCAUGAAUGUCCAUAACAAUGAGGCUGGACGGAAGGCUAUCCUCCAUAACAUGCAGGUGGAGUGUAAGUGUCAUGGUGUCUCGGGAUCCUGUGAGCUGAGGACCUGCUGGAAAGUCAUGCCCCCAUUUCGGCGCGUCGGCGCGGUGCUGAAGGAACGCUUUGAUGGAGCCACAGAGGUGCGUCUGUCUCGUAUCGGCUCCAGGACAGCCCUGCUGCCCCGGGACCCCCAGGUCAAACCUCCCGCUGCCAGGGACCUGGUGUACCUCGCUGUCUCUCCGGACUUCUGCCGUCUCGACCCCGACAAUGGGAUUCCCGGGACGGCGGGCCGACGCUGUAACGGCACCUCCCGGCUGGCCCCAGAUGGCUGUGAGCUGGUGUGUUGUGGGCCAGGGUACCGGGCAGGCCGGGCCGAGGUGGUGCAGCGCUGCUCCUGUAAGUUCUCCUGGUGCUGCUCGGUCCGCUGCCAGCAGUGCAAGAAUACAGUGAUGAUCCACACCUGCCGAGAGUGAACCCAGUCUAUGCAGAACCCAGAGCACUGAGAAGACACACAAUAACCUUACACCUGUCCAGACACUCUAGAACACAGCCCAGACACUCCAGAACACUACCCAGACACUCCAGAACACUACCCAGACACAACACAGUCCAGACACUCUAGAACACAACAGUACCCAGACACUCUAGAACACAACACUACCCAGACAUUCUGGAACACUACAACGACCAGACCAGUGGAGGCUGCUGAGGGGAGGACGGCUCAUAACGGCUGGAACGAAGUAAAUGGAAUGGCAUGUGUUUGAUACUAUUCCACUAAUUCCGCUCCAGCCAUUACCACGAGCCCGUCUUCCCCAAUUAAGGUGCCAGCAACCUCCUGUGGACCAGACACUCUAGAACCAGGGUUCCCAACCUAGGAGGCGCCAAUGUUUCUUUGGGGGAGGGGGGGCAGGACCUUCCUUGACUUGAGGGGUAUAUUUUUUUUUAUUGUUUAUACCUAUCUAAAACAAUGCAUAAAUCUGUGAAGCUUUAGGCUAGAAACAAGCGGUAAAAUGCCCGAGGAAGAUGCGACUCUGGGAAUAUCAUUGGUUUGUCUCCAUGACAUUCAGAAUCUGAGCUACGACCUAAAGUCAAGGAGUCAAAGAAAUUGGACUUUGCUUGGGAAGUAAUCUUAUACAAUGUGUGACUCUGUCGCUAUCAAUUGAUCUAUUCACUUUCUGUAAAAUAUAAUAUGUAGAAUUAAAUUGAGGUUGAUAUACAUUUUAAUAAAACAUAUUUGGUAGCGGAAUAACAUUGUGGGAAAUCGGGUCAAGGCUUUAUUUUCCUUAUGCAUUAUUAUUAUAAUCAUUAAAUAGCCCACCUAAAAUCCUAGGUCCCUGAAAUUAAACAAAGUUAAAUUUUUCAAAUGUGAGAAGUGGGGCCCUGGGGGAAAGGUUGGGAACCCCUGCUGUAGAGCCCUGUACAGACAUUGUAGAACAACACUUUGAUGACAUGUUCUACAAACUGACCUGAUAUACACUUUAAGACUCUGGCAAGAACCGUGUGGAUAGUAUAAGCCAGUGCAAUCUGAGAGUGAGGACCUACGCAUGACAGAAACCUCUGCAAGGGAAGGCAGAAAGGGUGGAAUGACCUCUCCCAUUACCUCUAAUGCCAGAAAGUAGAGAGAUAUACUAACAAGCAUGGAGAAAGGAAACUCACUGCACAGAGCAAUAUUAACACUCCCAUGGAACAUAUUACACUCAUGAUGUACUCUUUCAACCUAAAAGGAACUAUAAUGCAGCAUUGCAAGCCAGCGUCCAACACUGUGUAGGUGAUUGUCUAGAUCACAAUGGCACACAGCCUACAGCGAGCACACACACAUAAUUAACUUAAACUGACAAAGCGUUUAAAGCCGAAAUUAACCACAACUAACAGGGAAAUUAUUACAGCCCUUUUCUUAAAUGCGUUUGACUUCAGUAUAGUAGGUAGUUGCAAUCUUUAUACAUUUGCUGUAUUUAUGAGUCUUUUGAUUUCAGUGUAGUAGGUAGCUGCAGUCUUUAUACAUUUACUGUAUUUAUGAGUCUUUUGCCACUAUGUAUUCUGUCUUUUAUUUAUUUGUACAUCAAUCAUCCUGUGGCCCCUCCUCCUACCACUCAGAUUCCACCAGUAAGAAUACCUGUCCUCUCCCCCUAGUCCGUCUGCAUCCAUGUUGCUUUAGUCCAACGCUGCUGUGAAACAAUUGUGAUGCAUGUUGCUACAGUGUUCUGCACAGUAGACUUGGUCAAAUAAACUUGUUUUGACUACA